AUGCAAUCUUGUCACGCCAAGGCUUCGGCAGCAAAUGUCAUCACAAUAGCGAGAUUAAUCACAUCAGACCGUGGCGAAAUGACCACAUUAGACAAUGGUGAGAUGACCACAUCAGACAGUGUUGAGAUGACCACAUCAGACAGUGGUGAGAUGACCACAUCAGACAGUGGUGAGAUGACCACAUCAGACAGUGGUGAGGUGACCACAUCAGACAGUGGUGAGGUGACCACAUCAGACAGUGAUGAGAUGACCACAUCAGACAGUGGUGAGAUGACCACAUCAGACAGUGGUGAGAUGACCACAUCAGACAGUGGUGAGAUGACCACAUCAGACAAUGGUGAGAUGACCACAUUAGACAGUGUUGAGAUGACCACAUUAGACAGUGGUGAGAUGACCACAUCAGACAGUGGUGAGAUGACCACAUCAGACAGUGUUGAGAUGACCACAUCAGACAGUGUUGAGAUGACCACAUCAGACAGUGUUGAGAUGACCACAUCAGACAGUGUUGAGAUGACCACAUCAGACAGUGAUGAGAUGACCACAUCAGACAGUGAUGAGAUGACCACAUCAGACAGUGGCGAGAUGACCACAUCAGACAGUGGCGAGAUGACCACAUCAGACAGUGGUGAGAUGACCACAUCAGACAGUGGUGAGAUGACCACAUCAGACAGUGGUGAGAUGACCACAUCAGACAGUGGUGAGAUGACCACAUUAGACAGUGGUGAGAUGACCACAUUAGACAGUGGUGAGAUGACCACAUCAUACAAUGGCGAGCUAACCUCUCGUCUUUGCUCAUUGAUCUCUCUAGGUUUUCACUGA